AUGGCACUAAAUUACCUAGAUCGCAGAACGCUCUCCGGCGGAAUCGUGAACCUCACAGUCGGGCACUCGGAGACCCCCUUCGACGUCCACAUCGAGCUAUUAUGUGACCGAUCCCCAUAUUUUGACAAGCUCCUCGAGAACAGAUACACCGAGUCUCCAAAUGGAGAGCUUGUCUUCUCCAACGAUGACCCGGACGUUUUUGCCGACUUCGUCUCUUGGGUAUACUGCGGCAAUAUCAGCACGGGGCUGAAAUCAUCUCGGAGACUACACUUCUUUCAGCUAUGGACGCUCGCUGAGCGGUUCCAAGUUGCUGAACUGCAGGAAUUGGCGCUUGUCCGGAUUAAGGAGAUUCUGGCAGCCCACCCCGAACUCCUCAUAUCACGUACUCAGAUUGAACAUGCGUACGGGCAGUCCAGACCGGGAUCCGCUCUUCGCCUGCUCGCCGUGGAUACGUGGGCGGCAAGGGCGAGCAAGUCGGACGUCCAAAUAGGCCUGAAAAGGCACUUCCUCUCUUCUGCACGUUUUUUCGAAGAUCUGAUGGUUGCGCGGCCUGAUAUUCGGGAUUUGUCUGCCUCUGAAUUUGGGGAAAGCAAGAGCCCACAAAUGCUGGAAUUCCAGCAACGACCACCAUCUACGGCCCAGUUCUUCUCAUCCUUGCCCGACGCACCCUUACCUGGACAAAAGCCUCAACUGGCAUCGGCAUCCCAGCGUGCCGCUAGGAAAUUCAAGACACCGCACGCUCGUCUGUGCCCUGACUCUUCGCAAGACAAGUUCAGUAUGGGUUCGGUCUCACGCGAGAUAGUUGCCGUUGAAGACGAAGAUGAUGAGUUGUGA